GUCCUCCCAUUCUAACUGUGCAUGAGCGGCUCCCAUAGCGCGCAGCAUGGCGAUCGGCGGUGACCUGUGUCCCCCGGACACAGCGGAUCACCGAUCCACGGAAAGAUCCGAAGAUGUCGGCUCGGUCAUGUGAUCAGCUGUGUCCAAUCACAGCUGAUCACAGAUCAUCAGAGCACUGAUGAUCAGUGUGCCCUGAUGAUCUGUGUAGCCCCAGCAGCGCCACCUGUCAGUGUCCAUCAGUGCCAGCUCUCAGUGCUCAUCCAUGCCACCUGCCAGUGCCCAUCAGUGCCACAUUUAAGUACCCAUCAGUGCCCAUCUGAGCUGCCUGUCAGUGUCACCCAUCAGUGCCACCUAUCAAUGCCAGUGAGUGCCACCUAUCAGUGCUGCCUAUCAGUGCCACCUAUCAGUGCCGCCUAUCAGUGUGCAUCAGUGCCGCCUAUCAGU